AUGAAUCCAAAAUCCGAAAAAAAAAAAAAGAAUACAGACAGCAAUCGUGCCAAAACAGUCAUUGAUUACAAUAUAUUUCACCAUGAUUACUUCUCUAUUCAUCCAUCUAUACAUGUGUAUGCGUCAAUAUGCGUGAGACAUGAGCCACGAGCCACACACACCCGAGUAGCCCUGCUCUCAACUCAACUCACUCACUCAAUCGCCGUCGGGGCGGGCCAAUAA